CUCCAUCAUCUCUGCUGAUCGCUCAGUGCUCGGACGUUGCGUUAAGGUGCAGACCCGAGUCCCGCUCUUGGGGGAAAUUAGAGGAAAAUCAGACGACAUAUACGUCUUUUAAAGGACAGUAUAAGACUAUUUAAGUUUAGACGACACACAAUUCACCGCAUUUGUGCAGUUGAUUUACAGUAAAAUGGAUCCAAUGACUCAGUCCGCCCAGAUAUCAUCGUCGCAGGGGUUUGCCGAUGGACAAAAUUCAGCUGCCAAAGAAUCAAAGAUGUCCGGUAAGCGAGACCUUCAUGUUAAGUUUACUGUGCCGAUUUUAAUUUUAACCUGAUGUCUUGAAUUGAACUGAGUUAAGCCUGUUAUAAGUCGUUUUAAAAAGGAUAGUGUCAUUGAAUUGCAUCAUGACGUAAAUUGAUAACGCAAUGAUUUAAGAUAGUAAUGUAGGAAUGAAUAAUUGUAUAUGUUCAGUUGCUUUUUACCUGUGUGUAGUUGUCUAAGCUUUUAUUAGCACUAAUAGGAAACACCUGUGGUAGCUAAUGAACAUAUCCGGACGCACGGCUGCCAAUCAAACCUUGUGUAGCGUUAGCUUAACCGCGCGGACCCACUGAAAGCGAACUGACGCGGCAGACAAGUCUCCCCCCGUUUGGAUGUGCAUUGUGAGCGGCAGGUUCGCCUCUCUAAGCGUGCUGGGAUACUAAGCGAACCAUGCCCCUUUUUAACAGUUUCCCCCAACAACAUGAUCGAAUCGGGCAUGUAAAGAAAACGCUAAUUGUAAAAUUGGGUGUACCCCUCCUAAUGGAAAGCUUUUUGGAUUGAAAAGACUCGAAAUUACGCCAUAAAGUGAGCAGCGCAGCUGGGCGAACUGGUUGCGUGAAGUGGGUCCGCGCCGUUAGCCUGCUGUCUUGUGUGGCGGUUACUCUAUUUAGUGGAGGAGACUAGUUAUAAAUGGCUUUAUUAUUAAGCGGAGGCUCGUUAUUGUAGUGCAUGCUUAAGACAUUUUUAGCCUAACAGUAAGCUAGAAUUAAGACAGCAGAUUUACAUAAAGGUACUUUACAAUUACUGUUAUUUUAUUUGUGUAUUAAAUCAUGUUUUGCAAGGCUAAAUUGGAUUAAAAAAUGAAAUUACAGCAAACAUGCGCUGCCCACGACCUUUAACCAUAGCCGAAUUGAAGCCUGUAUCCUAAAGACUGUUAAUGUAAUCUUACAUCAUGCUGUACGCGGCGGGCAUGUUUGUUUACAUCUCUAUAAAGAGGAUUUCACAGUUUUAAUCAGGACAUUUGGUAUGACAAAGCUUGAUGAAAUGUUGCGAUACUCUGCACUGCAGAGGCAUUGUUACUGGGCCAGUGCCAGUGAAGGGAGGACCUCUUAAAGGCGCAUUGCUCUUUUUGUGUCUUGAUAAUAGCAUUAGUCCAAGAACAAAAAAAUCAAUCCUUAAGAGCUUCAGCAGAAAUAUCCUUUAUGUUUAUCUAAUACUAUCCCCUUCUAGGUUUGUAUGGAUUUGACAUUUUCUACAGUCUAGACAAGCCCAAUUAACACAAAGGAGCAGUGUUGUCCCCCACCAUCGCAGCCUUAUUGUCAGGGUGCUUGUGUAUUAUAAAGAGGGAGUGGCAGUUCCAUCAGUGUGUGUGUUGCAUGUUUGUGUGUGAGCUGAGCAGUCUGAUUUGAUCUACGCCAGCUACUACAUGUGAGCCACCCGCCUUCAAAGCCAUCUCCUCUUAAUCAAAAGGAUUGUGGGAUUUGGAGAAUUACAGCACAUGUGGUCAUGGGCGUCAACUGGAUAAGGAAAGGCAUGGCGUAUCACGUCUCACUGAUAGUUGUUAUCACAAAAAGGAAAGAGGGGAAAAUGUAUUAUCGUCAUAUCUGCAGAAUAUCAUUGAAAGUAAGCAUUAGAGCAUGUGGGAACUAAAAUCAUAUGACCAAAGUGCCCAUAUAACCAUAUCCCAAAACAAUGGAUAAGCCUAUCAGCCAAUAUCCUGUUUUGCUCCACUUUGUUCUGGUAAAUUCUCAAAUAAUUUGCAAAUUUGGGACGUUUGGUGCAUGAUUAUGUGACGCACUGAGUUUUCUAGAGCUGGGGGUUUGUUUACAAGACAGUUUGCAGUUUUGAGACUUCUACCAUUUAGUUUAAUUUAAGGUUAUGCUUUCAUACAUACUGGAUGGUAGGUAGUGUUAUAACCCUGUAUUGUACAUUUGGUUUUGCAGUUCUGUUGCCACUGCAAAGCCUUAUUUUUCUCUCUAGAUACAUCUGCAGGCUGAGUCGAUGGAAGCUUAUGUGAGUGUUUUCUGCUUCCCACCUCCAUCUAUAGUUUCAGUGGAAAGUCAGAAACAGAGCUGUGGAAAUAAAUAGUUGUCCUGCAGCUCUGACCGGACAGAUCAUUGUUAUAUUCCCUGAAAGAUGACAGAAACCUGAGUCAUUCCUGCUCUGCUGAGUCACCUAAAGAAAGGGCUUUGGGACAUAGAGUCUGCUUCUACAUCAUAUGGAAAGACUAGACACUGGAUAUGAUCAUCCUAUCAAGAAAUACAAAAGAAAAAUCAGCUUUUUUAGUGUUCCUGAGUUAUAAAACCAUUCUGAUAUUUUCUUGGCAGUUUGUUUUGAAUAAACCAGAGGUUACAGAUCAAGAAUCCUUAAUUCUCCUGUGCUUAUUAUGAUAGUUAAGUAAGAGGAUACCUGUUUGCCCCUUUCAUAAAAUCCUGUUUCUGCAGCUCAACCUUUAACAGAACACCAUCAAACAGCCUCUAAAUGUUUAAUGUUACUGGUAUGUAGCUACCCAGGCAGAGACUUCCUUUUCCACCACAUGGCCCCGCCCUGGUUGGAGUAGUUUUCAUAGUAACCUACACCCAUGCGAGCAGAUGGCCUGGCCCACCUCUCCAGCGUCUGUAACCAAGCCCAUUCCACUUGACUGAUGAGUGACACGAGUCACAAAGGAAGUGGCACACUUCAAAAUGAGGACCUCAUUUCUCAAGCUGCAUUACAUCAGAGAUUCAGGGGAAGUUAGCCUCUUGAUCAAUCCAUGUAAUGUUGCAUCUAUUAUUGAAAGGAACUCUAUCAUACAGAUACUUAAUGUGGUAAUCCUAGUGUUGAAAACCCGCUUUUGUAGAAUUUAAUUGCACCAAUACAAUACUUCACCUUGCAGCAUAGGAACUAGCCGUAAAGGUCCAACCAAGGACAAUACUUUUUUUACCUGAUACGGCGACAAUGUCACAUGUUUCUGAGAACCACCAGGCUCCAUUUACAAAAACAGAAAUUUUACCUCUGUGUUUCAGCUAAGGAUAGGAAUCAAGAAGUGGUAACAACUAGUUUAAACCAUCAGCAUAAUUUGCCGCUAUGCUCAACAGUUCCCUUCUUGCGCCUUCCAUGAAAUUCUGCGUCUCUUGCAAAAUGAUUACGUGGCGCAUCAUGAUAGGUAAUUAGCACGAACGACCACCAAGGAGUCUAGGAAGUGGACAGAGGACAGAGACAAACCAAAUGUAAAUGCUGCAUGUAAAAAUGUUGGAUUAAAAUGACAGAGCAGGAAGAUGCACCCACUUUGUGUAAAAUCCACUCAUUUUGUGUGUCUGUAAUACUCAGGAACUGUUUUAUCCUAUGGAGAAUCUAAUUUUAUAGACUGCCCAGAUCCAGUUCCCCAAAAACAAAGAUAACCUGUGACAAUUUAUACCUAAAUUUAUGAUAUAAAUAAUGUCAUUCUAUUGUUAGCUGACUACACAAGCUAGAGGCUGCCAUCUUUGUUUUUGACUGUUGACCAACUAGAGGCUGUACCCAUGGUGAGACCUGUAGCAAUCCAGUCAGAAGCCAACCAACCCCAGUUAAAGCAAGUUGUAUGAAAAUUAUGCAGAAAUGGCAAUAUUAUAUGAAAAGCACAUUUUAUUAUAGGUAUGGUCAGCAUGUGUUAACGUUGAGAAUUAAAACAUAGAACAUGAACCAAGAAAGCAGACGGCUAACAAAAUCAACACUCCGCGAUGCAAACAGACUGAAUAGUUUCACACGUUCCAUUGAUUUCUCAAACGCCCAAAACACAUUCAGCAGAGCACUCAUUAUUUCAGGAGAUAAAAUUCCUGUUCUUAUCAGAGCAUUGUGCUGUCUUUGUAGAGAGUGACGUAACAGCUGUUUCCGGUUACAAAAGUCAUCUUCCGCUUCACCUCUGCAGGGAUCCUCUAAUGAAGUCAGACUCUAACAUAACACUUAGUCUGAUCAAGCGUUGAAGUGCGUUAAAGUGAGACUAUUAUCAGUCAGAUCCUAGACAGAAAUGUUUCCUUGCUCACCCCUCCCUUUGGCAAAGCUACAGUGGCUUUUGAGGACAAGAAGCUCCUGUUAUGAUGAUUCAUAAGUUGUCAAGUGUUUAGCAGGGAUGGGGAUUGAUAGAUGUUGAUAUGAUCCAAUUUCUUCAUCAGGCUCCUCGUCAGAUCUUCUGGAUAUCUGUGUCAACUUAGGACAUAGUAUGUACCUUCACUGCUCUGUCAGGAGGCUUCAGCUACUUCGGCUGCUUCACUUAAGCUUCUGAAACUUCUUAAAUUUCCUUUCAUACCAAAUCUGUUCUUAUGCUGCUGAACCUUUUAUGGUUGUUUUCAGUCUUCUGGAGGAACUCUCAAACUUGAUGUCCCUAAAAGUCAUGUCGACUCAAAGUAUGCAGACAGAAAUCUGGCUCAGAUGGAGAAAACAUCAUUUUUGCUUUAGCUCUUUGUUGUUUUUCUGUAUUAUGUUUUCAUAAGAUCAGACUUGUUGUGUACUAUUUUUGGACCAUCAGUUUGUUUCAUUCUGACAGGAGGGUUUUUUUUCGUAUUUUUUUUGCUCUGAUGUAACACGAGUUAACACAAAGUUUUGUCAUUUUUCUGUGUUGACACGACUUUAGUGCUGAGGUUAGCUGCACCAAAAACUUAUUUAGCACCCACUAUCUCUGAUACCCCUGCAAUCUGACGUUAGAAGAUGAGCUCACUCUUCAUCCUCGUGGACGCGUACUUGAGUGAAGUUGACGGGCAUUUGAUUAUUGCUCCGUGUAAACCGCAUGGAGGUGAAGCUUUGGAGAACACAGAGUUCUUUCCACCUCCCUCCCUCCCUCUCUGCACACGCCUUGCCAACUCACCCUCCUCCUCCUCCUCCCUCUUUCACUCCCUGCUGGAGCCGACCGAAUCACUGAGGUCACACAGGCAAUCAGAUCGCCCUGAGGGAGGGAGGACAGUCGGGAUAUCUGGAACACCAGGGCAGAGAUGGCAGGCGGUGCGGCUGACCCACCCUGCACCAUCACUUCCUGUCAGGGAGGAGCACGAGAGGCUCGGAGGGGCUGCAUGGGCAAAACUGACCUCCAGUUACAGAUUUAACGCAUAACAAGUUAGAGCUCAUUUAGAUGGUCUAACCUGUGUCCCAGAGUCCAAAAAGCGUCUGAUCGACAGAUUUGACACUUCCUGUGGUAAAGUGUGUUCAGCAGAGGGAAGACGGCUGCUUGCUGGGCAAGAGUACAACGUGUGCACAAAACCUGAGCCACUGCUGGCAAUCAUGUGUUUUGAAGAACUGUUAGUAAAUGUAUUAAAAAUAUAGUUAAAAGCCGUUUCUUUCAAGUAAUCAGCCCCUCUUUAAGGACAUUGGUAGCUGCAGGUAUUAUUGGGUAACCCUGAGUCUCAUUCACCAAUAGGGCUGCCACAAAGGAUUAUUCUGAUAAUUGACACAACGACAAUUAAUUUUGUGAUUAAUCGAUUAAUCGAAUCGUAUAUUUUCAAAUUUUGCAUUUGCAUUUGCAAUCUCAAUGGGACCAACCUGGUUAAAUAAAGGUUUAAAAAAAAAUAUAUAUAUAUAUAUAUAUAUAUAUAUAUAUAUAUAUGUAUAUGUAUAUCAUCGUCCGUGUUUUAAGAGAAAAAAUAAUCCGUCAAUGUUUUCAAGAAAAUCAAUUUAUUCACCAAAAUUGUCUGGUCCGCCAUUUUUCUUUGCAAGGAACAUGUGAGACGAGAGGAUAUAUCUGCAGAAUGACUAGAUACAUUGCCUCCCUUCAUUUAGCACAUAUGUGUCAUAUAAAAAGAUGUUUAUAAAUCCACGAUUUAAAAGUAGCCAACUCUUUUUAGUCAUGCAAGUUUGGUUUAAAUGCAAAAUUAUAGCUUUUGAUAUAAGCACUUGGAUACGAAUGGAAAAAUACCAGAGUCAGAUGAGAGCAGGGGUGUUUCAAAGGGAUCAUUGCCAAUUUGCUUAAACAUGAAACAAUAUCACAACUGAUCCAAGAAAACCAAACUCUCAGGAAGUAGUCCAAAUUGAGCACAGUUUAUUUACCAAAGUUAAAGAUGGGACUAGACUAGACUAGAAUAGACUACAGUAGGUAAACAAUGUCAGUGAGUUAGUCGAGUUCGCAGUAUCAUGCGCGGCUGGUGUCUCAGAGCUUUAAUGGAGUGGUUCAGUCAGACACUUUUUCCGGAUGAAUAUAUUAAUGAACUACAUGAUGCUCUAUGCCAGCAAUUCGUUCGCCAUAAAUACUCAGAAUGAAAUGUAGAGAGGCAAUUGACGCCCGGUUCUCCUCCCGAAAUGAGUUGAUACAGGCUUCCACGUUAGUAAUGGCAUUAGCCAUCGCUGUCAUAUUGUUUGCAUUUGCAUCGGUUUUUUGCUAACGCUAUCCGGGGAAUCCGAGUUGUUUCUCCCACUCUGUUGUUUGGCCGGUUUGGGAGGCAUUUGUCCACUUGUGAGGCAAUAAAGUCACGUAGUCUGUGUUCCCAACGAAGUCUGAGCGGUUAUAACAGGGGUAGGCAAUUAUGUGCCAUGGAGGGCCGAGAGGCUGCAGGUUUUCUUUCCAACCCCAAACUCCACCAGGUGAUGUCACUGAUUAGUCCCUGUUCUCUGCUUGGAGGUAAGGUAAUCAGUGAAAUCACCUGGUGGAGUUUUGGGUUGGAAAGAAAACCUGGCCCUCCAUGGCACAUAAUUGCCCACCCCUGGGUUAUAAGCUCCAAAAUGUAAAAAUUUAACUGAACUACAUGAUGCUGUCCGUGCAUUUUUACAUACAGGUAUAAUAAAAUAUUCUACAAUAACAUCAUGUAGAUGUUGACUUGAAGCUGCUUCAUAAACACACAGACCGCAGGGAAAGGUGUGUUUGAUUUGUUGUUCCCAGAUGUUAUUCUACCAGGAUCAGACAUGAAGUUCAGAGUCUCUGCUGCUGUAAACAAAUGUAACUGGAGGUAAAAUGAGGAUAGAGUUCAUGAGUAGAAGUCAGUUACAAAAUACUGUAGGUGUUUUGUUCCUCCAGUCCUCUAGUGUGAAAGCCCUGAUGGCUUUAUACAUGUGCUGCAGUGGCAUGCCCUUAUAUGGGCAUUGAAGGUGCAUUUUCCUGUGCUAAUUACAGAAAACUGGCACAAAUCUCAAACUGAAGAGGACUUAGCAUUUACCAGUUUAAUAACACAGGUGUGAACAAGUCUGCAGUUUAAGAACAGGUUCAUGAAUCUGGCUCGGACUCCGUAAAAACAAAAUGUCAGUGAUAACGAGGCCUCUUUGUUUUAGUUUAGGAUUCCUUCAGUCGUUUUUCAUUAAGGAGGGUUUUGUACCCAUAUCAAACCGUCUAACAUUAGCCCAUCUCCUCUUCUGUAAAACUCUCCAUUAAAACUCGCAUUAUUGCAGUUUUAUUCUAAAACCGGUCUGUCUGAGGGUCUGUCUGAGACUCCUCUGGUGCUGCUAACUUAAAGUCAGCCUGUCUUUCUGAAGAUGAAGACUUGUAAAAGUAUAUAAUCCACCUCCUGUUCAAUAAUAAUAAUAAAAACCAAGACUGAAACAUGAACCCUGCAGCACUGACAUCUUCAGGUCCUUCAGCCCUUUUUUGCACAUUUGAUCAGUUCAGCAAGUACCAGAUUUUUGAGCCUGAAAUAUAAAGCUCUAAAGUCCUGAAAAAAAUCAGCUGUAAGCUAACAUCAUGACAGGACAGAGAAAUUUGUGACUGAACCUGUCCACGCUAACAAACUCUGCAUCUUUUAUAAAUAUUAAACUUUUUGCAUUUCCUGAGGCGGUGACAGGUCAAACGUGGCUCUCAGUUUCUAAAGUAUAAUAAUGUAAUGCAGCUUUGAAUCAGAUAAAUAUUCUGCACAGCUCCUCUCACUGGCUGCACAGUCUGACAUUUAUACUAAUUUCUGUUUGUAUUCAUGUAUGCAGCUUUGUUUGCUGCACACAUUCAGAAAUGUGCCUGCAACUUCUUUUUUCAAUUUGAAGUAUUUUAGACAUCCCAGAUGUGCAGGUUUGUCAUUAUUGAACGCUUGUUAUUGUACCAUGUUGUUUAUUUUGUACUUUUUUAACUUGACCUGCAGACCGAUGAAAGAAAUCAUAUUGUGCAGGUGGAUAUUUCUCCUCUUGCAGCCGUCUGCCCUGACUAUCCAGAAAUACCAGCGAGCCCCACUCUAGUGUGGUUUAAUAAGUGAAGGUGUGGUGUGUGAAAACGGCUAAAAGUCUCCGAGAAGGAAUGCUGCAGCACGAGGGCACGCCAACCCUAACCUGCCCACCCGCCUACCGCUCACUCCAGCUGAGCCAAAGUGAAGAGAGACGCCACCCGCUCCUCCCUGAGCAAACCUGAAACUCUCAGACGUUCUCAGUCCUUACCCAUGAGUCAACAUUUUUCUGUCCCGGCAUUCCCAACCCGUCUGGUGACAACGGAGAAUGAGGCGUGACCUCGUCCUUCUCUCGCUGGAGGCCGUCAACAGAAUCUAUGAUGUCUGAAAGUAUGUGCAGAGUAACAUCCGAGCCUCGUGUCCUGCUCAUCUGAGCAGCAGGGAUUUACUCUGUGAGACACCAGAGCUCUGCUGACAGGUUACACUGAUGUGGGGCGAUAAGGACCAACACUGCAGCUGGUGUUCCUGUUCACCCUGCGGCUGAGAUCAGGCCUGGAAAACACGGCAGUUAAAAUAAUCAUAUGUAGUCUUGGGAUUCCCCUCAAAAGAUAAAUGUGGGGUUUCAAAAUUGCAGACCACUAUCUCUGGGCAGGGGUCGACCAAUGUGGCUUCUCGGUUGCCACAAGGCAGGUUAGCCAAUGGCCUUUAUAUUAUGCUUAUAUUUUUGCACUUGAUAAAAUAAUAAUUUUACAUGAACAGUCUUGUACAGUCUGAUAUUCAGUUAUCCUCACCAGAAACACAUCUUUAAUUGACUCAUGGUCAAAAAAAUACAUUAGACUUUAUAUUAGAGGCAGUUUUAAGCUCCAUUAUUUUGUAUGUUAUAGCAGAAUAUGUACAACUGUUAAACUUGCUGUCCUUUGACACACGUUUCAAAGGGCGCUAAUGUUGCUCAACAUUAGCCACACUGACAAGGCUGCCUGCAGAUAGUCCUUUUUUCUAAUCUGCCUCAUGAGCCCAGAGAACAGAGAAUGCUGAUCGUUUCAAAAAGGUCAUGAAUCAGCCUGACUCAUCAGUUAAUCUUAAAGGGUCCACAUGACGUAAAGGUAGAAACAUUCAGUCUUUGAGGGGCGAGUAUCCAAACUCGGUUCUCGCAGCCAGAAGUUCAUGAUAGUUACUUUAAGUGUCUGAUAACGUUACAAAAAAGGAUCCCAUGCUGUAAAGAGGCGUACAGAAAUUGCUUCAGCAGGUGGAGAUGAACAGCUGAGAAUGCAGGGCCACUUUCUUGCACAUUGACAAAAAUACCUCCACAUUGCCGCUCAGUGUUCUUGUUGGGCCUGUGAGCUGUCGUCGUACUUGAUGCAUCAUUGUUUGUCAUAAAUAUCUUCAAAAUAUUUCAUUACUGCAGGCACUGAUAACUUUCUCAUCUUGUCUGCUGAUACUGAUAUCCCUAAUUCUUGUGUCAAACCCUCCAGACUCCACCGACAAACACAGGAGCUGGUCUGAUGCUGCUUCUGCUGUUUGUUUGUUCUUUAUGCUUCCUGUCACCUCGGCUGUUUGAAAUGGUUACGACAUAAUGUAUUUAACAUAAUAUAAUGCAGGUGCUUGAACAGGUCCAGGCAUCUGACAUUAGACAGGUAGGUCCUGUGAGGUGGAGUUAGUUUCUCAUGACUGUUUUGAUCUAAAUACUCGUCUAACCUUUAAUGGAGGUUUCUGUCUGUAGGGAUCCUGUUAUCAAGUUGUCAGACGGUUGAAAUAACUUUUUUUUGCAACUGAUUCAUCCUGAAAGGUUGUGACAGUUCUCGAAGGUCGUUUCUUAACCUGAGAAAUUCCAAAGCUCUUUGUAGAUAUUUGUACGGUGGCCCUGAAGGUCAACUCUUCAGAUGUCUUGGGACCACAAAGCACAUUAGACUGAGUGCAGAAAACUUUUCACAGAACACAGAUUUUCAUGAAAUAGCAAAAGAAAUUCAUGGAUCAUACAUAUUUUGUAAAAAUGCAAAAAAGUUUCAAAGGAAAAAAAAUACUUUAAAACCUGCAAUAAAGCGAAAUACAGGAACAAUUUUGCAACCACAAAUGUUUCAUGGAAUGAAAAUACUAAAAUGUUUUUAAUAAAACUGCAAAAAAACUAAAAAAAAAGUUUUGUUUUGUGCAAAUUUAUGAACGUUUGCAUGUUUAGUUAAGUAUUUGUCUUGUUGGACUUUUGAAUUCUGGUAAUUUUUUUUGUUUUUCCGUAUUUUGCUUUUCUGAACAAAUUAAAUGAGUUCAUUGUAAAGUUCUUUUCAUUUGCUUUUUUGAAAUAGUUAGUGAAAUACUACAUUAAGUGGGAUGUAGUUUUGGUUUCCAGCGAACUGGUUUUUGACCUUCAGGGCCACCGUAGCCUGGUUAUCCUGACCCAGUGUUGGCCCUGGACCACAUUGAUGAGGAGUCUUAAGUCUUUGUUUUUCCGCAGGUUUUUGUAGUUGUAAAAUAACCUCUGGGGUUAAGUGCCGCUGGUCUUCAGCUGUAGUUUGUAGAAGCUCUUCUGUUUGCUGAUAGUAACUGAGUCUGUUUGCAUAAGCCAACUGUCUUCCCUGUACUGAAAUGAUAAGUGCAUGUGUUAAAGUGAAAAUAGGUUUACAUUAAGAGCGUCUGCAUGGAGCAUCUCUGUGUCUGUGGUCUGAAUUUUCAGUAGAUUGUGUAGUUUGUAGAGUUGUUAAGGCUGGAUAAGGUAACUCUUGAUUGAAAUGCCUUUAUUUCAAUGGACUCAGCGGAUAGGACGACUUCUUCUUUUUCUCCUUCUUUUUCUAGGAUGAUCAUUCUUCUGUCCUUUUUAUUUUUUCAGAUUGCUUUCUUUCCUCUUCGCCUGUAUCUCUCAUUCAGUCUCCUCAAGGCAAGUGUAUGGUUCUCUUACGCUGCUCGCCUGCUCUCUCCCUCUCUCCUCUUCUCCUCUCUCGCUGGCCUGCUGCUGUACCGCUCUUCUUCAUCCCUCUUUUAUUUCUGGUGCCCCUCUCCUGCUCGUGUGAGAGUCCAGUGAAAAUAGAGCGAGGCUGCAGAGAACAGAGACGACUUAGCUAGCUCCCAUCCUAACUCCAGCUCGACCGCUCUUCACCCUCCCCUCCUCCUGCCGACCUUGCCAUGCUACUCCAUCUGUCUCCAACACUGCUGACUGUCAGUUAGCCAGUUAGCGCAGCAGCUCCAACUGUCUUCAAUGACAUAUGGCUUUAGUAGAUUUCUUCACCAACCCCCCAACAACCCCUGCUGCAACUCGAGAUGAAACCUCUCUAGCAUGUUCUAAAAACAGCCUUCUUGACCUAUUGACAGAUUUUUAUUGUUAGCUUAUUGUGCGUGCUGCAGGAGACGUGUCUGUGCGCAGCAGCAGAAGCUAAACUAACUGAAUCCAGGGAGGUAUUUCCACAUGUUUUUAAUGUUUCCUCAGAUGUUGUUAUUGAUUUGAAUUGGCAUUAGCAGCUAAUUAUCUCCUUUAUGUUUGCUAAAGAAUUAGCCCUGUAAAACCUGGCCUCAGCAGCUGCCAGCAAUCCGAUCCGUUUCAGUCUUUACCUCGUGCUGUCGAGCAUUAUUUAGGUCAGCAGCACUUGCUGUAGGUUCAAGAUAAUCCCAAGAUUGCCACUUUAUUUUAAGAAAGCAGAGAAGUUCAAGUUCACAUUGUGCGCACAAGAGCAGAAUCCUAAAAAUGGAUCCAGGUCCUGCGGGGACGGUCCUACCUUCCUGCUGCCCUAAUAUCUGAGCCCCUGAGCCCAAGUAGCAACCGGGCCCCUUUGAGGAUGAGUGGCACUGGAGAUAUCAUCCACCACCCAGCAGCCUGGGCCUGCCACCGCCUGUGGCUGCUCACCCGCCCUCCACCCCACUACCUGCUUAUGGCUUUGUAGGCUUUAUGCAUGUCUCAUCCUCGCUUUAGCUUUAGGUUUUCUUUCUCAUUCUUAGACUCUGUUGUGCUGUGGUUUCUGAUUUUAGCCUGAAAUGUUAGAGUAGGAUAGGUAAAGCGUAGGAUAGGUGGUAUCCCUGUGGCACAGAGCCACAUAUAUGUUGCAACAACCCAACCUAUUGACUCUAUAAGGGAGGAACAAAAGUACGUACGUGACUGCACCCUGUGGAAUUUGAACUCCUCCUGACUCAUCUGCUUCCCAUCCAAGAUAUCUGACUUUGCUUAUUCAGGACAAUGUUCUAGCAGUAAAUCAAUUCUGUGAGUUUCAACACAAACACCUGCAUUAUUGGACUCCACAAAACCUGGAUUUACAUUCAAAGUCUAGUCACUUUAUUAGCGUAAAAGAGGCAAAGCAGCAAAAGGAUGUUUUGAAUCAGUCAGCGUAAAAGACCCCAGAGCUGGUUUGCUUAUUGUUAGAGGGAUCACAGUGGUCUUAGAUUACAAGUACAGAUGAAAGUCUGCCAAGUUUUCUGGGUCGGUAAAGAUCCUUCAGUGUCCCAAACAAAAUUUAAUCUCAUAGGAUCCAUUUUCAAAAACUGUAAAAACAGAUAACAGGGAAGAAUUGGUAGAGUGACUUUUCAAAGAAGUGGACACAAUGUUGGAUGGAGCUGUGAGCUGAGCUGCCACUGGCAUGUUUGUAGUUUCCUGGUCUAUUUCAAGGUCUACUUUACACAAAGACAUGAAAACAAUAAAUAAAGCAGUUUCAAAUUUAAUAUUAGUGUUUCAGGGGGCUGCAAACUGAGCUGCCACCAACUUAAGCUACCUGCUCACAAAAAUGCGAUAUUUGGAUGAAUUAUUGUAAUAAAUUAAAGGGAAAAGAAGGUGGUGAUUACUAAUGAUAGAGCCGGUGAUUAAAAGAGGGAAAAUGAGUGUGUGUCUACCCUUGAGUGGACACUCAGAGGGGCUGGGGGCCGAGUUGCUGUUGGCAUGUUUGUUGAUGCUUUGUUUAUUCUUAGGUUGGGAACCGGUGUUGACAGUUAAAUUACAGAAGUCUUCUCACUCAUGCUGAAGAAAAAAGUAAUUAAAUCGAUGAGUUAAGCAGUUUGAAGUCAGGCUUUGGGGGCUGUGAACUGAGCUGCCAUUGUCCUAUGCCUGCUUGCUGACUGAACUCCUUCCUGAAAACUUUACUAUAAUAAUAUUUAAAAAAAAAAACAGUGACAAAACUUUUAACAUUUUGAUAGUUAGGUGCUGAAUCUAAAAAUAUUCUGGAGCAAUUCUUGUAGAUUUGUAUUUAUUUGAUUUAAACAGCAACAUUUCAUAAUUAAGUGAAACUCUGGAGGUUUUUAGAACAUUUGUGAUAAAACAAACCAACUCAAAGGUCUCCUGGCUGUUCUUCUGAAGAUUUCCACUAAUGUUAAAAUCAUCCACCUCAAUGAUAUGAUCUUCUCUUGACAUUUUUCUAUCACUUUCCCCAGCUGUCACCAAGUAGGUUUUUGCUGAAUGAUUGCCAUACCAUAGCAUUAAACAAAGUCACUCAGCUUCUGCAGAGAGCAGCAGAUUACAUAAAUCAGACGACUAAGAGCUCUCAGGACUGAUCUGGCAGAUGGUACAUGACUAGUGGCCAAUUACAAAGCAAAGUUGUUGACAGUUUUAUCUGCAGCAUGUUCAUAAAGUCACUCCUGGAUUAGAAUAGUCUCUCUGGAGUAUCUUUCCCUGCUUAUAUUCUCCAAGCAAAAGCUGUUUUGGGAAUUUGUUUACAAAGCCUGCAAAUGACUACAACGCUGCUAGCGAGUUGGAAAGUCCAUUCAUGUGGCCUAGUUUGAACAAGGCAUUGUAUUGUGGAGCAGGGGAGGUGGCUGUCCUGUGUAAGACAAAGUGGACCAGUCAGUGAGGCAUCUGUGGAAAAAUCUGUGUGUGCACAGUCUCAGAGCAAACAUUAUUGGGCUCAAUCAAAAUAGGACAAACCUUAACCUUAAAUAAACUAGAUAAAACCAGCAAAUCCUGAUGGGGAGUGCUUGUUGAGUGAAAGUUAAAUCACAGUUGGUAGUGGGUGUGCAGAGGUUGAGCUGAGGCACUUUAGCUGCCUGACAUAAUGGUUCAAUGUGGGUUUGAACAUGACAUUGGAGAUCAUUGGAGCUGAAAGGGAUUAUGUGAACAUCUUUGGCCUUCAGGUUCUUUGGGGCCCCAAAGCUGGGUAGAGGGGCCCAGUUAUUGAUGAAGCCAGAGAUUUUGAUUUGACAGUUUUGGAGCGGGAUGUGGACGACAGCUCUGUUUCUUUUUGUGACAUAAUUGAGAUUUCCCUUUUAUUUAUUUACUUUGAAAACUUUGGACCAUCCUUUUUAACAUCCUGUUAAAUUUUCAGGGCAGAAUUUUUGAUCCAAAUAAAACUUGAGUUGGAGUGACGCCACAAAGUUGUUUCUGUAGGGACAUUUCGAGGCUUAAUGACACAGGCUCUCCUGUUAGUCAACUUAGUUGUGCACCCGAUAAUGCAAAUUUUUGUCCAACUCUUAGCCUUAAUAUUAUCCCUUUUUUAUUUAAAAAAAACAACAACAAAAAACUCAAACUACACUUCAACUACAGCGUGUCUGAGUGGAUAAACAAGUAGGAUACCAAAAACAUUUUAUUAAUUUGUUUUUUAAAUACGUUGAAUAUUGCUGUAAAUUUUGUAAAUUUCCAAAAUGGGACAAAAUGAGGAUUCUUUGGCUUUAGAGCCAGCCUCAGGUGGACACUGGGGGAACUGCAAUUUUGUUCACUUUCACUUUUAUUUUUUCAACACAGCAGACUGCUAGCAUUAAAAAAUAAAAAAUAAAAAACAUGUUUUGAAAAAUUUAAAUAGCAUUGGAAAAUAACCAAGGUUAACAUCAUCCAAGUCUAAAAUCUUAUGAAGAAAAAUAGUCUCAUAAUUUUUAUCUGGAACCUUCAGAUUCUCAUGUGAAAGGACUGAGGAUCAAAGAUAAAGCAAGAUUCACUUACAGAAAGAAGAGAAAACCCGUUUAGGAUUGUGGUUGAAAAGGCGGAAACACAAAUAUUUUUCUGUCAAAAUAGUUUACAUUCAGUUCACUGCAGUUCUAAGUGUAAUAAGACUUUGGGAAGUAGUGAAGGAACUUUGUGUGUUUGGUACUUUUUGGAUUUUUAAUGCCAAUCUCAUUCUCCUGUGGCUUGUAGGUUUUGCAUGAUGUUUUAAAGUGUCUGUUGUGACAUUAGUCAUUGUCUUCUGUAAAAUUCUGUGUUUUGGGAUGUGAUUUUGAGCCCAUGUGGUUACUUCCACUCCAGAGUCCUGUCUGUUUUUAAUGCAGUGCUGAAGAUCAGGACCAUCCAGUCUUGGUUUUGGUCCUUGUCCCUUUUGUACAGAGAUUUCUUCAGAUUCUCUGAAUCUUUUCAUGAUGUACUGUUGAUGAAAUCCACUCCUUUUUUUAUAUUUGACACUGAAGUUGUUGAACUAUGUGCUCAUACAGUCUCUUAGUUUGGACAUGAGUGUUAUCUUUGCAUGGGGUUUAAAAAUUCAGAUUGAUCAAAAUCUGUCUUAGCUUACACUUUACAGUGUCUGGACUUUCUUGGAAAAGGACCGUUAGCCAUCAGUUGUUUGUGUUUGGAAUUAAAAGCAGUCAUUUUCUAGGAAAGGUAAGAAAACAAAGCCUCACAGCUAACAACUAAAGCACUUUGGGAUUAAGGAGAAGCUUAGACACACAUGAAACUAGCAGGACAACAGUUAGUACAAGUGUGUUCAGUCGUUUCAACAUAAAGCUACAGAGGCCUCUGAAAAAACUGCAGGGGUUUUGGAGGGGGGAUUUUAUUUAACUCCAAAGGGUUUCUAAAUUUCAAAAUUACCUGCUCACUAUACACUAACCAAUUUUUGACCUGUCUACCAGCUAAAACAUUAGCAAGCAGACACAACUACAUUUCAGUCCUUAUUCCCCUUCUUUUUCUUAGAGCAAUGGCAGCGACACACUUUUAAAAAUAAAGAGGCAAAUGUCACAACUUCUAACAUUUUUGUCAUUUUCACGUCAGCCCACGGUUUGAGGUAUUUCUAGUGACCAGAAACUCAAAGAUGCUCUCAGCAGCUCUGCUGCCCAUGCACAUAUUGCAGGACAGGAUGUUGCUCCACUUUUUUAGGACAUUGUGAGAUGCAAUCAACGUUUUUGCCUCAGUGUCAGCAGGCAGAUAAGGAAGGUUGGAGUAUCUCCUGUGAAUUGAUUUGAUAUGACUCCUGUGGUCUUGUUGAUCUUAGCAUCAGUUUUGAUGUUAGGAAAGAUUACUGUUGGAGUGUUUCGACCAAUCAGGAUCAAGUGUUUAACACAGUAUGGUACUAAUGGAAAUAGACAAGUGGCCCACAAUCAAAAAGAAAUCCCAUUAAAAUCCGUAAGUGUAAAGACAAUUAUCUACACCUGCAGCAGAAGUUGCACCCUUAGUCUUCCAAAGAACUAUCAGCCAAUGAGAUUUAAUUUGUUUUGCUGCUUCAUUUCAUCACUCUAUCUUCAGUUGCCAUACUGACUUUUAAGUAAUGGCAACUUUGUAGAGUUAUUAGGAGCAGCAUGCACCAAGUUGAAAUCCCAUCCAUUAACUGAUCUGCCUUACAUUUCCAUGAUGCAAUGCACGACUGCUAUGGCUGCAACUUUAAGGCCUCGCUGAAUAAUAUAAGAAGUGCAUGGGAGUUCAGUGUCUGUGAUUUAUAUGACCUCCCCUCCUUUUUCCUCUUCACUGCCGUUCUCCUCACAUGGUGAUGCAGACAAAAGAGUUGUCCUGGGCUCUGACAAGCCCUGCGAAGGUGUAGCAACAUCCCUACGCUUUCCCUCUCAGCCCGGUUCAUUCAGUCCUGGUAACUACGGGAGUGAAGCAAGUCCGCCAGAUGGACAACCGGAUUCACCAAUAAAGACGUCACCUGUUUCGGAGCGAAUAAAAGCGCUUGAAGCUCUCGCUGCCAAAAAGAAGGAACCUGAUUUUAGAAGUGAUGGAGGUUUUUCGCACCAUAGGGAUCGCCAUCAUGAGAAAUCUGACAAGACUCCCACUGAGACCCCCAAAUCCCCAACUGAGACCUCAAAAUCCCCGACUGAGAAAUUUACACCACCUGUUCAGAAAAAAGGGGGCUCAUCAGAUCUGGAAUCACCAGAGUCCCCCUUUGAAGUACUUGGAGAUCCAAGACAAGUUGGUGAAUUUGAAGAGACAGAAGAGUGGAUGAAGGCUCAUUUACCUCCUGUGCCAGACUUAGAAGCUGUUGGCUUAGUGAAAAGCACCCCAACUUCAUCAAAAGAAGAGAAGGUGGCUGACAUUGUGAUACCUGAAGCUCCAGCUGCCUUUGCCUGCGUCCCUGAUGCUUUUAAGGAUUCUCCUGUUGAAGCUCCAAAACUGAAGGAUGACUCAGGUGAUGCACAGAAGCAGCCAAGUGUGGAGGAAGAGUCUGAGUUUGACCUCAGUUUCUUGCCGACAGCUUACAUGUGGGAUCAGCAGGACAAAUCAGGUGUUCAAGCUUCAUCAAAUGAUAACCCAGUGCUUCCAGCCUCACCUGCACCUCCUGCAGGCUUUGGUUCCCCAACUCCACCUUCCUCCCCUCCAGCUCAAGCAGAUCUCAAGCAGAACACUUUGAUUGACAAGAAGCUGUCUUCUACGGCAGAUCUUGAGGCUCCAGAGGCAGGUGAAGCAGACAGCUCAGGAGAGUCCGAUGAUACAGUUAUUGAAGAUAACAUCACUGCUCCUGCAUCUGUUCCUCCUCCUGCUUCUACGGAUCCAACCCCUUCAACUGAGCCUACAACUGCUCCUUCACCUGCCCCUGCCAAUCAGUCAACUGAGGAAAAAGAGACUCCUCCACCAAGAUCUGAGAGGAAGCUGAUGCAGGUUCCCACAAUCAAUGUUAUUGAGACAGACGAGCCAAACUACAGUGAUGAUGAGAUGGAGUAUGGAGCAGAAGAAGAAGAUUAUGAGGUUGUCAAAGACCCGGUAAGGGAGGCUUCAAAAACCUCAGAGCCAGAGGAAGGUAAAAAUGAAACAGCCAAAAAACGCCCUUUAGAAACUGAAUUCAUGGAAGGCUACUCUCCUCCAUCCUCACCUGUGGAUUCUGAUGAAGAAUACUCUCCUGAACAGAAGAUACCCAGAUCUCAUCCUGAUACAGCCCACCAGGAAUCUGCAUCAAAACCCGAGGCUCAGACUGUUGCAAAAGACUCUGAAUCUGAGAAACCCCAGACCACUUCGAGCGAAGUCAAAAAAGAACCCUACUCUUUCAUGGGUACAAAUGAUGAAGUGGACUUCCCCGACAACGAUGACGAGUGGUCAGAUGAAGCACAAGAUAUUCUUGUUGGUUCGAGCAAGACAGAUGAGAUUCUCACGGAGAUAAAUCCUUACGCUGACACUGUGCUAGAUAGUAAAAGAAGCACAACUGAGAAAGCAGAUUACAUGGAGACUGCUUCCUUUCCUAAAUCCACCUUCAUGCAGGAUGAAAUCUACGAUAGGCAGUCAUUUGAUUAUGAUUAUGAUGCAUCCUGUCCCAUGGAUGACCUUGACAGUAAAGGGUUACAUAAUGCCAGGGAGCGCUUUCUUUCUGAUGCUUCCCAAAUCCAUGAAACAGCUCUGCAAGAAGACCGUGAUGAUGAUGCCCUUACCAAACCAGUGGCAAGAGAUUAUCCCCAGGACCCAUACUCCUCUUUCAGAGGCACGCCUAUAGGCACCACCAAGGAGCAAGAUGUCAACAAGAAACCUGCCACAAACACCACGGGAAACAGCAGCUCCAUCUCGGGGCAAAGAAGUGAUUUAAAGGACACAAAAACAGGUCAGCAUGCACCUGACAAAACAACCAAGACGGAAAGCAUCGACCCUGACAGCUCUGAUCCGAAUGACAGCUUCGUCGAUUUCAUGCGUGAGUGCCUGAAAUCAAGACAGGAUGAAGAACCUGAUAAUAAACCUCAAGAUGCUUCCGCGAAAAAGUCUGGGCACACUGAUUCGCCUUCCCAGCACCCUCCAACUGUUGUGAUGGAUCUUGAACAGGAAAAGCUUACUAUCAGUGCUCUCAAAGAGCUAGGCAACAGUCAAGAAGAGGAGGAUGAGACAAGACCUCCUCAGUCAAAGGCCUCUGACCAGGAUAACCUCAAUGCAGCAUCUACACAGCAGUCUUCCUUUACCUCAGCUCCUAUUGCUCCAUGUUCCCAAAGCAGCCGUGUGUCUGACAGCAUGUAUUCCAAAGAGGUAGACGCCAUCGACGAAUGGGUGGCUGAAGCCUAUCAUCUUGCUGAGCAUGUCUUGACAGCAAUACUAACCCACUUAUCAGGUAACACCUCUUCUUUUUGGGCAGUAGGCCAGCUAACCUCAUACAGUUACCUCAGAAGGACCCCUAUCCUUACUUGUACCUUGUGCAUGUUUUGGAAUGUUUGCUCUAUGGCAAUCAGUCUACGAAGAGUUAAAUCAUGUUUUUCUUUCUUGAAGUCACCGACUUCAUCUCUUUAUGAUUUAAUUACAUUCAAAGUUGUUGAACAAGAUUUAAAAUUGGCUUAUACUUAAUCUUCGAGUGACGUGGGUGGAAAACAACAUGACUCUAGGAAAGAGUAUCAUUUAUUGAUGCUGGUGAAAUAAAGGCAAUCAUUGUUUCUCACUUGCAGUGGUGUCAGAGUAGAGAUUGCUACUGACCAAAACAGAGGCCUAGUGAUUUGAACAGAAAUCGGGAAGGAAAAUAUGUUUAUCAGAACAUUUCCAGAGACAAUGCAGCUGUGGAAAGUGCAGUUGUCAGAGAUUAUGGAGGCUAAUCCAGCAUGAUGUUCUAUAUGGACACUUAAGCUGCAUAUGCUCCAGUGAUCCCCCUCAUUUGAGCUUUGACCCUUCCCUGCCCUCUGUCCUUUAUAGCUGCAGUGGUCCACUCACAGGGAGGGGGUGUGUGGCGGUUUAAAUAUGGUGCCCGAGCAUUGGCUUGCAAGCACCUUGGAAGUCAUGGGUUACGGUCAAUCCAUGGUGUUGGGUUUCUGCCUUUAUGCGACUUCCUACAGCACCAUUGGCAAAGGCCGUGACAUGACAAGGCAUCAAGCUAAAAAUAACUGAUGCAGAAUUAAUGAAAUAUCUGAAGGCUGAGGUGAUGCAAAUUAUUUCUGUGCUGUUACACUUUGAGGCAAGAUGCCAACUAGGGAAAUCAGACUAUUAUUGGGUCUUUCAAUCUCCCCCUGGUAGCCUGAUGUCAUUUGAAAACUUGAAAUCUCAGCUGCCCUACAUCAGCAUGUUUCUCUGCAAGUUUAGUACGUGCAAACACUCUGUUAAAAGUUGACCACAGUGAUGGCACGGCAGUGGAAAGUGUUAAUUUCCAGCAGCCAGUCCAGCAGUACCCUCCCUGUCUCUGCAAACAUGAUCUCUAUUCCACACACACAUGCACACAGGGGCUGGUAUGCAGACGGUAAUCCUGACACAUUCAAAGCUACGUCUACAUGUGUUGAAUACUUUAACCGAGAGUUUGGCACACCGUACAACAGAGCGCUGGUGCUCUGGCAACCUGGGACAAAAGCAGAGUUUGCAGAAAGUGCAUAAAAGAAACAGCAGCUUUUUUUAAAAGCUGCUUCUUUUACCGAUCUUCGCAGCUCAGUAGGCAUGCAUAUGGUGGUUCUUUUUUAAUUGUGUUGAAGUGGAAGCUCUGUUUUGUGUCGUGCUCUGUAAAAGAGCUGUGUUGUUGAAUCCUCCCCCCUUCUGCCAUGAGCUGCUUCUAUUUUAGUGCUUCUCUGCAGUGCUGCUCCACAACUCAGUAGGUUAUUAGGCGGGGUACUUUCAGCUAGGUAGGAUUGUUUCAGUUGGUGUGGCUGUUGUCAGGCUGCUUUGCAACCUUUUUAGAGGACAAGCUGUGCAGAUAUCAGUCUGCAGUGAAACCCACCCAGGCUCAAAGUCUCUGCACCUUGUUUUUUACGCUGGCUCUAACACCAGACUUGUUGCCGGGGCUUCAAAGAUUAGUUAAAAUAAAACAUUCCUCCAGUGUUCAGAUUUGUGCUAAUCCUCCGUUUGAUGUUUUGCAAAGUGGAGGAAAGGCACAUGUAAAUACCUGGAUCAAACUGAACCUGGAUCAGCGUUUGACAUUUGCAUCACAUUAAGCUGAACCUGUGAAGUCUUGUUGGACACGACUGCCUCAAACUAAAAAACAAGAUAGGAACCCAGACAGAUUGUAAUGGGGUCACAUGUAGAGGGGAAGGUCUGUUACUUAGUCUGUCCACUUAAAAAGGUAGUUUCAAGAAAACUCAUUAACUUCCAUAGACUUAAGAACCAAGAGCUCGUUGUUGGCCAAGAACUUGAUUAUGCUGUUUCGAAGGAAAAGCUCAGUCAAAACAUAUUCACCCGGCUCUAAACUGCAGACAGACACAGUCAGGCCAUGAACAUAAAACUGAUCAAUGAUAUUUCAGGGUUUUUCAAAGGUUAUUCAACUCCCUGCAGCUAGAAGAAAUCAAUCUAUGUAAGCUUAGUGUUGUAAUCUUAUCAUGCUGUUAAGGUGAAGCAUUACUCAUGUGGGAGGCUGUGAUGAGUAACCUCAGACUGUUAUGACGGUCAAUAAAAUGUCCCCAACUUUGUUUCUUAUUUACUAGUAAUGUUAAAUUGUAUUUUGUCAAAAAGAAGAUGGAAACAACAAGAUAUGAUAAAACUGUCAUUGAUGGAUCUGUAAUCUUUAUAAGAUAUGGCAGUAGUAGAUGAGUAAACAGAGGAGGCCCCAGAAUAGAACCCUGAGGAACACCAGCGGUAAUGUAAAAAGGCUGGGAUUCAAAGGUUUUGUGUGGAGUGAACAGAAUGAGGCCAGAGAUAUGUGAUGUAAACUUAAGAUGUGUUAGUGAUAAAAAUAGAGGCUAGUCUGUAAAGAGGGAUGUUAUGAGAGAUGGUGUGAAAGGCUGCACUUAGAUCAGUGAGGCUGAAGAUAGUUAGCUGCCACGAGGGGGAUGUCAUCGGUGACUUUAACCAAAGCUGUGUCUUUGCUAUAGAUGGACGAAAAUCGGAUUGGAUUUUUCUGCACGUUGUUGUCAAGCAAGUAUGAAUGGUGAUCAACUAGAUACAGUUUUUCCUCUCUUUUUUGGUAGUUUUUCUACCAAAUUUUUGCUUAAAUCUAAAAAUUUACUGUCGAAAAUAAAUUUUAACACCUAUCCACGUGGCAAUAGUACUCAGAUAAUAUAGACAAGGUCAGCAAUUUGACACGAGGCAAAAAUUGUCUGAAUAGACGUUUGCUGUAUUAGUAGCAAAUUUCAUUUAUAGCAAAGAUUGUAAACAUUUUAUUUAAAGAUUUUGCCUCUGAUGCAAUUAUUCAUACUAAUCCCAGGUGACAUCAAUUUAACUCAGCUGAUAGAAGAACAAACGUGUGUUUAAGACGAUUUAAGAAGAAAGCACUGUAGUUAGUGUUUGAUGUUAGUGUGUAUGUGUGCGCACGUGUGUGUGUGUGCAGCUUUAAGAGCAGCUCAGUAAAAGCAGGACACUGCAGCUCAGCCGAAAGCAGCGACAGACACACAGACAGAGAGAGAGAGAGGGAGGGAGAGAUAAUGAAGGCUGUCAAAGCUCCGGCUGCCUCCCUGUGGGUACCCGCAGCAAGGCAUGCUGGGAGGAUGCACACACACCCCUGCAGAUAGGAUGAGGAAACCCUGUUCUGUGUUGUUUUUGUUGUUGUUGUGAGAUAAAAAUAUGACAGCAUUGUUUUUGUUCUGAGCACAGUCAGUUUUAAAGUCACAUAUGGUCGUAUUCGAUCUGAUGGAUUAAUAUUGUGGUGUUUGUAUUUUUUCAGAUUCUCGUUGUUGGUACAGCAGAAUCAGGAACGAUGAAGCUUUUUCUGUUUAACACUGCAGACCAAUUGUUAUCCAUUAAACCACUGACCGAAAUACUGAUUUUAUUUUUUUAUUUUUAUUUUUGAUUGAAAAAAUCAGUAAAUCUCGAAGAGCUCAUUUAGCUCAUUGUAAAGACAUUGUCUUCUUCCUCAUAAAGAGCUCAUUAUUUGCUCUCUACAGAUGUAUUUACACCCCUUUCACAUUCAUGGAUUACGAAGCUCAAUGGUUUUGAAAUUAUAUGAUAAAUAUGUUGAUAUUUUACGUUGCUGGAUGAUGAUUUCUGCAGCAGGCCAUACUGUAAAUAAAAGUUCUGUUUAAUGGUGCCCUAAUUUAUCACAACAAACCAACUUAAAUGGCCCCAAACUUCAAAAUAUAAAAGAUGCAAAUGAGUCUCAAAAGCAGUAUUUCAAGACUCUCUGUGUCCUAACAAUCUCAGGCAGCCCUCGAUCUGUGGCUCUUUAACCCUGAGGAAUAGAUUCAGGUUUUGAGAUAAAACAGAAACGUUGAAUCCGUUGCUUACAGGAAGUCUGUGUGUGUGUGUGUGUGUGACUCCUGCACACUUAAAUGUAAGUGUGCGUGAGCUCAGUCUGUAGGGCUUGAAUGUUUAAAGAUGCACUUAAUGUACAGUCAUGAAUAUGCAACAGUAACUAUCAUGCAUGUGAAAUAUAGGGAAGGUUGCUGUGUACACAAACACUCUGCAAAUAGAGAAAUGAGAGAAAUCCAAAAGUGCCUGAAACACAAACAGGAAAAAUGCUGCAAAUCAGGACAGGAUUAGGAGCUGCUUCACUUACCCCAGCUUUAACCCAGCAUUACUGCUCAAACUCAUACAAUGUUACGAUCCAUAACUCAAGCACUAUACAGUCUUUAUUUUCAGUGUUCUCUAACUCAUACAUUUGUUUGUUUUUUGUUUUGUGAUCAGCAGCAAACGCUCUGCACUUAAACACGAUACAAACCCAAAAAUGCAUGAAAAAGGCCGCAAAUCAGGACAUGAUGAAGAAGUUCUCUUCAGCUAUUUCGGCGUUAUUCCUAUCAUCACACAUCUCAUCUUAACACAACUUUGGUUAAGUUUGCAUAAAGUUCAACUCUGUGUUUCUAGACUUUUUAUCUGAUGCACCGGUAAAUCUAAUGUUAGCUUCUUCUUCGCUGGUGUUUUUUGGCUGCUGUGGUUUUUGUACAUCUCAUACUGAGAUACAUUUCACCAAACCAGAUCCACGCUACGAACCAGAUUGUAGAAAAAAAACUUGCAUUUAAGUGCAUUUGAGUGUCCUAAUUCCCCUGCUAUGCUCUGCCUAAACACUAGAUGGCAACACGCUUUCUACACUGUCUUCCCGGGAACCAACAAAAGUAAAUCUAAGCGUAACAUCUGCUAAUCACAGAUCUAGCAGCCUGUGUUGCUUUCAGUUAGAGUUUCAGGUGGUGCAGGUCAAAGGUUCUGCACCAACACACAACAUAGAUUAGACUCAUAACAGACUAACUGCAGCAGCUCUGUCUGUUCUCUUGCAUUUACAUACUGCACAGGAUGUUUCUUGGACUCAGGGUUCAAAGUGCUCGCAGUCAGGAACAUGAAAAUACCACAGUGAAUAAAGUCCAAGUCGCCAAAGACCAGAGUGGUGUUUUGGGUUAAAAAAAAUCUCUGCGUAUUUUAAUUCAUGCCAACAACGAUGGUCUCCAGCAUUUUGGAAAAGUCACUGUUCUUCUUUCUAUCUGAGGAAUAAUAUAGAUAUGAAAUGCAUGCUUCAAACGUGUCUGUAAUAGUAGCCAUAGCUGUGCUCUGCAUGUGUGAGAAGGUCCUAUAUAAUAACGUGUGCUCCCAUUAAACCAGUCUGAGCACAGAGGCCUGAACGUCCCCGAGGCAUCACCCACGUGCUUCCUCCUCCACUUACACAAGGCUUUUUUAAAUACCCCCUUUUUUUUCCCCACGCAGAGGGAAGGAGUGGUGGUUCGAGCGUGCCAGCGUUACAUAAUCUGCUGGUAUAGAGGCUAUCACAUGCAGCACUCCUCACAGGACGAGCAUUCAAACAGUCAGCGGCCUCUCCAGCAAUGCAGCUCUUGACUGACUCCUGCACACUGCAGUGUGGAGGAGAUUUACGGUGCCGAGUGUUUUAUGGAGACAGAGGUGCACGCACAGUUGUUUCCAGGCCAAUAAAAAUAUUUUCUGCAUUUAUGCAACCUGUGGCAAAUAAUUGUGCUGAUAUCUACUGCUUCAGCAUGCCUGUGAAUACUCAGAGUGGGCGGGGCUUUAAUUUACCUCAGCGAUGAUGCAAAUUCAGACAUUGCUCUUUAUAAACUUGAGCACUGUAUGAACCCAACAUUCAGCGUUCUGCAGCUCAUAAAUCUUCUUUUAGCUGACUGAUUGUUUCUGAUUGGCUGAUUUCCCGUAGAGCGCUGUCAAUCAAACUUUUAAGAGCGAUGUUUGACAUUUACAGCUUCCAGCAGCGUUUUAACAGCUGAGGCAGGUCAGACAAUUAGGAGUCUGCUUGUUAUAUUUUAGCAGCAGACAUUGAUGGGCGCCACAAAGUUCUUCAGUCAGUGACAGGAACGUGGUCGAAGGAAAUCUCAGUGUGGAGGUUUUAAUCUUAGAUCAGCUAAGAGCUUCCUACAAACCUUCAGCUCCCUGUGAAACAGCUGUUUUUUUUUCCUCAGCAGUGACAGACGGUUUGGUUUCACUGUUUACUGACGGGGAUUACAUCAUGUGAUUUUGGGCUAAAAUCUUGUCUGAUGGAGAGUCUGUGGCUUUCGAAGAUGUGCAGUGAUCAGACUCGGUUUAUGGAGCCUUUGUGCACACAGAUUAACAGUCGGAACGAGUCGAGAAAUCUGCAAAAAUUGUCACAGAUCCUUUGAGUUAGGAUGUUUGAAGUAUUCUGUAACUUCACCAUCUUUUACAUCCUUUCAAAAUAAAAGCUCAUGAGCUGCUCACUGAGCAAGACAGUUAGACGGCUAUUAGACAUCUAGUUUUUUUUAGACCUAAUUUCAACCGUCUAGAUUCUCUAUAUUUGUAGAUGGAAUUUAGAUGUUGCAUUUUCACCCAAUAUUCAAUAAGUAUUUAUUUCAAAAAGCAACUGUGAGUUGCAUAACUGAUCUCCAAAUGCUUAACCAAAAUAAUUAUGAUAGCUGUUGAGCAAUAUACUGUGUAGUAUAGAUACAGCUCAGAUUUAGAUUUAAUCUAAACUUAGUCUAAAUUUAGACGUCUAAAAAACUUUCAUUACUAGCUUGAUUUUAGACCAGUCGUCUAGGCUACAUUUAGACGUUUAUUAGACCUCCUUUUAGACCAAAAAAUGCUCAGAGGCUGUCGAAAAGUAAAACAAAAUAACUCUGGAGCAAGACAGAAAAAAAGCAAAUUUAAGCAAUAAUAACGUUUCUAUGAGGCUCUUUUCUUUAAGGCGCCGACAUAAAAUGGGAAACUUACAAACUUUUAAAAUCUGGAGACUUGUAGUUUUGAUUGUAGAAAUAUGAUCAAGACGUGAAAAUGAAUGCUGGAAACCUUUCUCAAACACCAGUUAUGAGUAGUUAUUGUGAUCUUAUCUAUCAGUUUUAAAAAAAACCUAAUUGAGACCCAACAUUGUGAUUCUCUGUCAGUAAAUCUGAGGCUCUUCAGCAGAGUUUCAGGACUUCUCUGUAUUGUCUCAGUCAGUCUGACCCGUCCUCUCCUCUCUACAGUGAAGGAUCUGAUCCACUGGCGAGACCCCAAGAAGUCGGGCUUGGUGUUCGGGGUGUCGAUGCUGCUGCUGCUGUCGCUGGCGGCCUUCAGCGUCAUCAGCGUGGCAUCCUACCUGCUGCUCGCCCUGCUCUGCGUCACCAUCACCUUCCGCAUCUACAAGUCCGUGGUCCAGGCCGUGCAGAAGUCCAGCGACGGACACCCCUUCAAGUAAGACACUUGAGUCACUACAACAUAACCAUCUAUUAUUUCAGCACAGAUACUAACUGAAAACAAACACGUGAUGCAGAGUUGAAGAGCUCGUGAGUGAGUCUCAGACAGCGACCAGCUGAAGCAGCAGGAACACUCAGAAUGUCAGAAAUGUGAAGAAACGCCGGGAGAUGCACAUUUAGGUGGUUUGCACGUGUCUCUGCAAAUUCAGCAGCCACCCUGAACAAAACACUCACACAAGAGGAGACUUAUUCUCCAGCCCAUGUGUUUGAGAUUACAUAAGAAUCAUGAAUUAUAGAGUUUGAUAAUUGCAAUGAGCUGACACCAUCGUGCAAAGGGUUGAGUCUUAAAGAUGGCAUCAACUACCGACAGAAAUUAAUCUGUUUAGGUAUUAAAUCAACACUCAGUUUGUUUUCCUCCUCCUCCAAAAUAGUUGCUGAGUACAAAUUUAACAAACUAUUCCUUCAAAACACUUCUCUAAUGAGAUGCAGAAAGUCACAGCCGAAGUGAAUUCUUCAUUCUGAGCUUUUUAAACCUCUGCCCGCCUGAUCAAAGUGAUGGAAUCGAUCAGCUGGUGACUGGCAUCGACUGGUUUUCAGCCUGUUUGGACGUGAUUGGUCACCAGCUGAUCGUCACAAACACAGCCGAUCAUGGCCCGCGUGUACACAGCGAGACAAACACCAACGAGGCGGCUCCUCACCCACAGGCCGACGUGUCUACAGUGUGGACACGAGGUGCAAAGGUGUAAAAUGCACUGACCUGCUGGAGGGUAAACACAGUCUGUUCCUGGUACAGUGGUUUAGGGUGCUGGUGACUCUGCCUCAGUGUAGCGCUGAUCUGAUUUGACUCGAUUGUUCAUUAUGGUAAGAUGUCUUUAGAGACAGGUCUCACACAUUUGACUAAAUUUGUAACGAUUAGGUUAAUUAAAAAGGGUUGUUUAAACCACUUAGUGUGUGUUUUCUUCAUGUUUAAUGACAAUUAAAACGAUAUAUGACAUAGAAAGUUGUAAACAUACAUGGAGCAACAUGUGUGUCGCUGCGUACCAUGACCCUUCAGCUCAUAAUGAAGCCCACACAGUGACUCGGACAGUCACAGAGCGCCAAUUGUGUCCUGAAGUCGCUCAGGAGAAAAUGAACUAACUUUUUCUUAAAUCCACUUUACCCAAAAGAACUUUGUGUCGAGCUUGCCGGCCCACAGGAAGCACACCUCCUUAUAUGGUGCUCACUGGAUAAACAUGGGCGGAGAUUAAGUCCGAUCGCUUACAGUGAAGCUGUCACAUGAACACAAAAACACGUCUGUUAUCAAACCUGACUUUACGAGGGUGUUAUGGAUCUGAUGUAGGUUUUAAGUACUAAGGACCUUUAUUUGCAAAUCCACACACAGACUUACUGAUCUGGUUCAUGAAUGAGACCCAGUGUUUGUUUAAGGUUCAGUAACAGCCUAAUGAGGUAAAUCUGUCUGAUCUGAGCGGUUUUUGUUUCAGCUCUGUCAUUAGUAGUUUUCCUGAAGGCGUGGUUCUGGUUCAGAGUCCAGUUUCAUUUCAAGAUUUAAAGGAGCAGCAAGAGAGGGAGAGUUUUACACAGAAAUGAAACUGACUAAAUAUAGAGUUAGACUGGGACUGAGUGAGUGGUUUCUCAUCUGAGACUCGUUGACUCACGUGGAUUUAAAUGCCCCUUCAGUGGACUCCAGCUGUGCUCCCGUGGUGCUGUGUUUUAAAAUAGGGCCCGACCGAUUUAUCAGCGAGCCGAUUAAAUCGGCCAAUUUCAGCCCAUUUGAGACUAAUCGUAAUCUGCCAAAACGCGCAGAUUCAGGGUGGCUGCUAAGAUUCGGUUUCACUUCGAAAAUGUUCCGCCGUUUGAAAACUUCCCUGACUUAUCCUGUAGAUGGCGCAGCGACCUCAUGACAAUGUCCAUCCACUAACUACCUCACAGCACAGCAGCGUGACAGAUCUGAAGCAGGCAGCUCAGGGACGCACAGAGCAGAGUGGUCCGCCUUAACGGUAAAUAAACUAGUUUGUGAAAUACACAAUAAGUCAACAAGUUUCAGUUCAACCCACUUCACGAUGUUCCCCGCUGUGCUGGUCUCGUUCACACCGAGCUAACGGUGAAGCACCAUGCAAGCUAAAAUUAGAGUUAGCCAUCUGCGAUUAGCCUUGCUACACUGUUAGCCGUGCCAGUAAUGGUAGAAUAAACAACAGUAGCUGCAUGUCUCCAGAUGAGACCGGACCGGAAAUAAGUAACGUGAGUUAAGACGCCGAGGCACCGAGGGGGGGAGUAGUUGAAAAUGCUUUUGUGGUCCGAGUUUGUUUAGUCGCUCUUCCUGUCGGCAUGAAGGGCAGUAACCUACAGUAUAUCUACAGUAUAUGGUAUAUUGUAGAUAUCUACAGUACAUAAAUAUAUUUUAUAACUUCAUAGAAAAUUUUAAAAAAUCUGCAAUCUGAUCCCCCCCCCCCAAUAAUCAGUAUCGGCAUCGGCCCCCAAAAAUCCAUAUCGGUUGGGCCCUAUUUUAAAACUCCUCUUGUAAUUAAAUAUAAGACUUUAAAAGUCUCACUGCAACUAUUGCUGUGACGACUGAUAAUUCUAAUGUGACUAUAAACAUGACAAAGCUCCUUGAUGUCAAAGGUCAGGUGUGAUGUCAUCUUGGGUAACCUCUGUCUGCUCAGGUUUUAUUUUUAAAGCAGCGAAGCUCAGGAGGCGCUUCAAAGAAACAGUUUAUUUCUCUCGUAAAGCCUCAUAAAUUAAUAAAUCGGGGGGGGGGGGGGGGGUAAAUUCACCACAGAGCAGCUGGACUUUGAAUAUUUACGUCUGCACUGAGUGUGACAUGGUGCUGCAAUCUCUCAGACGGUCAUCUGUUUGGGUUUAUUGCCAAAUACCGAAACAGAGCAGAGUGCUUGAGAUUGAACAGUUUCUAUUUUGAGCUUGUCUAAUGUGAAAAUUUCAUGGACUCUUCUCUCCUCUGUGACAAGAAAAAAAGCUGAAUGUCUCUGAAUCAAGGACAAAAUAAUGAUUUAUGGACGUGAUCUUUGUCUUUAGUGACAUACAUCGCCAUUAAAGACAAUAAAAGUGGUUAAACCCAUCAAACAUGUAGGAGGAGGUCAAUGAAAUAACAGUCUGUUUAAUGUUUUUAUUUUGAACCUGAGAAAUAAAACAUCUUUGUCUGAUUGUGAUCGCUCUGAUCUAAUUGAACCUUGACCCUGUGUUGUCUCCUUCAGUCCUGAUCUGCAGACUGUUGUUAGGGAACUUCUCAGCUCUGUGAAAGGAGUGACGUUGUAAAAUGUCCAAAAUAAGACAAUUAGAAAAUGCAGGACAUGGCAGAAUCUAGGACACACACCUCCACACCUCCUGUGGAUCAUAGAUGACGGUCUUAAAAGAGGACGUCUGUGUUAUUUUGGUUUUAGACAUGAUUUUAUGUUUAUUCAGUCUUUCACUUUGACUUUCUGUGCCUUUCUUAACUUGUGGCAGGAGGUUAAAUGUUGGUCUGUGUGCAGGUAUCAGUGUCUGAUUCUUAUUUGUACUGUAUCAAAGUCUAAAACUCGACCUGGUUGCAGAUACUGUUUUGGACUAAAGUUAGCACAAUAUCAGAAUUAUGAAUUUAUCAAUUCACAGCGCUGCUACAACAAAAGCCACUGAAAAUAGAGCAACAUUUGAUUCACUGUUAAUAGAAGUGAAAGGUCAAAUGAAAGGCCUGUGUGUCUCAUCAGAAGCUGAAUUAGCGUUAGUGUUAUCUGGCUGUGGUGGAGAGCAGAGCAAAGACACACACUCACACAGGAACCAGCUGCAAACAAGCUGAAUCAGCGCCCCUCCUGUUUAUGCAGAAGUGUGGAUGUGUUUUGGGGGGUCUGUAGAGUUGAAUCUUUGUGAAUCUCAUUUCUCAGAUCUGCUGCCUGGUUCAGUCAGAGAGCAGGUUUCUUUUUCAUGCGUUCUUCAGUGUCUCUCUCUCUCUCUCUCUUAUUCGUUUGCUUAAGCUUCUGAUUGAAAAUGUGAGUGUGGAUUUUAAAGCUCACAGGAUUAAGAAGACUCAGAUUUGACAGCCUUUUUUUUGGGGGGGUCAUGAUGAAAAAAGGUUACCAGUCACAAAAAUUGAUCAUUUCAUUUUGUUGUUCGUUGCACUAACAGGUGAGCUUUGUGACACCUGAGCCUACAUUUAAAGCUUUUUCUUUGCCUCCCUCCUCUUCCUCUUUCUCUCUUCCUCUCUGCAGAACGCUGAUAGAAAAGGAUGUCAGCAUCCCCCCUGAGACUUUCCGGAAGCACGUGGACUCCAGUCUGACCUACAUCAACCGAGCCCUGAAGCAAAUGAGCCGCCUCUUCCUGGUGGAGGACCUCGUGGACUCCCUGAAGGUGAGCUGCUCCGGCCUUCACUCCUUCAGACCAUCAUCAUCCUCAUUUCUUACCUCUCAGUCUGCUCUUAAUGACGAUAUCUGAUCCUGACCAUGUCCUGUAGUGACUCCUCUCUGGGACCCAGUCCUCUGACUUUGCUCAGGUGUCUGGUGUCGUUUUUAUAAUGCACUGAUACUGUGCUUAAAGAAACAAGAAGGUCUACAAUAAUAUAGGGGCUGUCUCUUCUGCUCCUGUCCGUCCAAUUAGCUCUAGCUGUCUAAUAAACAAAAAUGAGGACGCUCCCUCUGCAGCUUUUUCUAAUUAGAGUUCAUUAAAGGAAGAAAAACUACAGAAAUAACAAAAAAGGACCAAACCAAAGUUUAUGAAGAUGACCUCGAAGGGUCAAAGGUCAUAAAGCCCUUUACAGACACACAGGUGUUCUGGAUAUUUCUGAGUUGUAGUUAUGGUGGUGGUGGUGGUAUGAGUAGUAGUAGAAGUAGUAGUAGUAGAAGGAGAAAGGGUAGUAGAAGAAGGGGUAGUAGGAGUAGUCUUAGUAGUUAAGGUGCCAGUAGUAGUAGUAGUAGUAGUAGUAGUAGUAGUAAUAGUAGUAAUAGUUUUGGUGGUGGUAGUAGUCGUAGUAGUAGUAGUAGUAAUAAUAGUUCUGGUGGUGGUAGUAGUCAUAGUAGUAGUAGUAAUAAUAGUUCUGGUGGUGGUAGUAGUCGGCGUCGUAGUAGUAGUAGUAGUAGUAGUUCUGGUGAUGGUGGUAGUAGUAGUAGUAGUAGUAGUAGUAGUUAAUAGUUCUGGUGGUGGUAGUAUUGGUCGUCCCUCCCUAACAGGUGUGACUAAUCGAACAGGAGUAACAGGGCCUGGCUGUCAGGUUGAUCAGCAGCACACCUGUGUGAGCAGGUCAUCAGGGCGUGUCUCUGCAUGGUUUACUGAAGGCUGCUUUUGUCUCAGGGGAAUAAAGUCUCUCUCAGGUGUGACCUGAUGGAUUAAAGACUCAACAUCCUACAUAAACCACCCGACAGAACCUCAUACCUGAUUGACACGCUCGUCUAUCAUUCAGUCAACUUUUUUAAACAGCAGGUACAGUCCCAGCUCCGGAAGAGUCCGGGUGCUGUUUAAAACUGUGAUUAAAAACACAAUCUGAUGGUUUUGUAGAGCAGGAAGAUGUCCCACUAAACUGAAAAAAUUGUGCAACAGCUUCACAAGUGUGGAAAAAUAAAGCAGCAGGACUCCUCUACUACAGAGCCAAAAGCAGUAUCUGUGUAGAUCUACGAGGGAAAGGGGUCUUUGUCGUCUCUGACUGACCUGUGUCUCUUUGUGUGUGUUUUCUUCCUCAGCUGGCUGUGGUCAUGUGGCUGUUGACCUACGUGGGAGCUGUUUUCAACGGAAUCACCAUCCUCAUCCUCGGUGAGCACCGUGGGAACAAACUCUCACAGCAUGACCAUUAUGUCCCUUUGUUUCCUAUUAUCAUGCCCAGUCAGAGUUAUUUGCAUCUACUCAUGUAUUCACACUCCUGUAUGUUUUUUUCCUUUUAUUUUAGAUUGACUAUCUUUGAAAAAAUAAUGUAAAACUGUAAAAUAGAACCUGUUCUUUCUGCCUGUGCUGGAUACGGUGGCCCUUUAGUGUCAAUUCUACAAACACUUAAUGACUGCGACAAUUUACAAAAACCCUCUCCCAAAAAAUUCACUCAACUUAAAAACAUGCAAAAUUUUCUCAUUAUAUAUAUUUUUAAAAAAUCUAAAUCAGGUCUCGUUUUUUUUUUUUUUUUUUUUUAUUAAACUGAAAAAUUUUUGCUUCUUUAGUAUUUUAGUUCUGGUGAAUUGUUCUUUGUUUAUAUAUUUUUGAAAUAGGUGAAUUUUUUUAUGGUUUGGGUGAAUUAUUUUUGUGUCUCAUGAAACGGUUAAACAGUUGGACCUUCAGGGCCACCGUAGUUUAGCUGUAUUUACUCUGUAUUAGUUCCUCUGCUGCUUUAUUCACCCUGUUAUCUCCACACAGUCUCAGUUCAGGGUUUAAUUGUGUAUCUGUUUCUGAUUAUCCAAACUUCGUCUGUACCUAUCCUCUGACCUGUCCUUUGUCUGCGUCCUCCAGCUGACAUCCUCCUCUUCACUAUUCCUCCAAUCUACGAGAAGAACAAGGUGAGUCUGCGGCUCGUCCCGGAUCAUUAGGAGUUUAUCCGCUGAGUUUUAAAGGGCGGCCAUGACUGCAGCCGUUAGAAAACAAACCCGGCAGCAGUGAGCUCACUGGAUGACUGCAGUCUGCAUCAUCGCUCUCUGAAAGCUUUCUGCGUCUCUCUUGUUGUCGUCCAGCUGCUGAGGACAUGAAGUCAUCUGACUGUCAGGACAAAUAACAGAGCUGCUGGCUUCUCUUAAACUUUGAUUACAGAAGACUGGACUUCAGCAUGAGACAUGUUUUGGAUUCUGAAGGAUGCAAUUUAUGAUACAUGAUUUAGGACAAACAGGUUGAUUUAGGACUGCAGAUCCUUUCGGAGUCUUAUUAAGUCAAUUUUUGAAAUUCAUGAGCUCAGAUGUAAUUUCAUAAUCACCCUGAUAAAUCAGUAAACUGAGCUUUAGUCCUGUUUACUUUUGGUCUGUGGUGAUUUUUUUAGCUGCUGUUUGUUUGACUCUUUGAUUUAAAAAGGGUGCAGCUGCCCUGAUAAAAGCUUCAACACUGUCUUUAUGGCUGAACUUCUCCAAAAGCUUUUACCUUCAAAAAAAAGUUGCUGACAGGAUUUAAGAAAACGCAUAUUUCUCUGUCAGACUGACGUUCAUCUCUCUUUAUGUUUUUUUCCUCCAGACUCAGAUCGAUCAGUACAUCGACCUGGCACGCACUCAAGUCAACACCACGAUGGCCAAGUCAGUAAAUCCCUGAAUCAGCAGAUGAAGUAUUUUGAACAGCAGAUUUCCUCUUGAUCGUUUUUUUUUUUAACUCUUCGUUGUUUUUUUCCUCUUCAGGUUGCAAGAGAAACUCCCUGGAGCUGUGAAACGCAGCAAAACUGAAUGAUCCUCCUCAUCAUUAGAAACCUCCACAUCAUCCUCAUCUUCAUCACCAUCUUAAACCUUUUCCCUUCCACAAACCCCGCCCCCAGUCUAACUCCUCCCCCUUCCUCCAUCCACCAUCAGCACCCCCCCUUCACUGAACCUGCUAGGUAGAAAAUCUGAGCUACUCGAUAUUCAAUGUAAAACUACUGCGCAGCUUAACUCGCAUUAAAGCAUUAAAAAGAACUGUGCCUGUGCAGACAGGAAGCACGUCGCUAGAGAGGAAGUGAUGUAACACAGCCGCCGCUGCGGACCCAGACUGUCUUGUGGGCGGAGCCACAGGGAGAUGGAGGCAGGGUCGAGUGAACUAGACUGAAUCUAUGACCUGGUUUUUGUGCAGCGAGCAGGCGGGCGAUGGUCACAUCAAAAAGCAAAUGUCUGUACUUAAAAACACACCUCCUGAAAAUUGAAAUGAAUCGACCUUCUGGGUGUUAUCCCCACUGAUCAUCUUCUCGCUCUGCAGCUGCGGUUUGGAUAGGAAUGAGCUGGUUUGGGGUUCGGCCUGUAGUUGAGUUUGUUUCCAGGCACUUCCUCUGUAUGUAAGUUUCUGCAAUGCACUGAAGUCUAAUUUUUUACACCCGUGAGCAGGUUGAAAUAAAAGGAUUGGAAACACUGAGCCAGCUGUGAUAAUUUGGUCUAGUUCACCCUCUUUUGAUCAGAAGCAUUUUUUGAACAGUUUUCUGUGUAAAUACACUUUAAGGCUUUCUCUCUCUUUCUCUCUUUUCUCUUUUUCUCUCUCUCUCUGUCUCUCUGCUGUAUGGAACACGUUAGCCUCGCUUUUUAUAUUGACAGGACGUUCCCUUACUCACUCACUGACUUACAGCAGUCCUUUUGUUGCACCUGUUCAAGCCACAAAGUGUUGAGCUCUCACACUCACCUGUAAAUUUUUGAUUCUUCUCAUCACUACUUAUUCCUGUUAUUGAUAUUAAUCAUAGGACGGCUGCUUGGACUCCCUUAUUAGCUUGACGACAGCAUUGUAACAGUUGUGUUAAGUGUCAUUUCACAGAGUUUAUGUUUGAGACUUUAAGAGGCCUCCUGAGAGAGGAGACGUUUAGAGAAGCACCUCCUGAUCCUUUUUUAAUGCUCAUUUAAUCCGACAAUGGAAACCUCUCAGUUCUUAAGUACAGAGUCUCAAAUGUGCCAAAAGUAUUUGACUUCAACUCACCAAGCAGGGCCAGAUCCAGGUUCUGGUCAGAGAUGGCCAUACCCCUCUUGGAAUUGGCCACCCAAAUACAUUUUCUUAGUUUUUUAAAACAGCACAUUUUUUUUAAUCUUAUUUCUGAAUCUGUAAAAAUUCCGUCAAAAAUGCUGUCACUUCAAAGUAAACAGAAGCCAGUGCCCCAAUUAGGCCACCCCCAAAAAAACAAAAACUGUGGCUCCACCCCUGCCUAAAAGUCCACCUUACACAUUUCGCAAAUUAACAAAUGAAACUGUUAAUUUAAGUGUAACGCAUUAUUGAUUUUUCAUUUAAAGGUAAAUUUUGCAACAUAUGGUUCAAACUAGGAGCAAAAGCCUUGGAAAGAAGAGAAAAAACUGAAGCAAAAAAAUUCAAGAAUGCAAGAGCAAAUGAGUAUGGCAUUGAACAAUUUUUAAUUUUGAUGUUAAGAAUUGAGUUAAAAUAAGGAACUUUAAAAUGUUUUAGUUUUUAUUCUGCUGAGUGCAAAGCGAAUAAAAUGAUAAAUUCAAAGAGAUUUUGUUUUUGCAUUUCAACUCAGCAAGUCACUUUGAAAUCUGCUGGAGAAUAAAGUUUUAGUGCAAAGGGUGAGAAAAGGUUGCAUGAAAAGUUGCUUUUUUUUUCCUCUUUGCAUAAAAAAAAAAAAAGUCAAAGGAAAUCCCAAAAUCUCAAGUUGGCAGGAGACAAAGAUUCCGGCAUCAAACAGUUUUCUUAAUAUGCAAAUCAAAAAAUCCAGUUAAACUCCAAAAAUAAGAUUGAAUUUGAAGUUUAUGCAAAAGAUAAAGAUAAAUCCAAAGAUGUUAUUUGUUUUGUUUUUUGAAACAAAAAAAUUCUUGCUUAUUUAUUAGGUAGAUGGUGGCAAAUGGAGCACUUAAAAAGUAACAGCACUGAGAUAUUGUGAUGUAUCUCUGUGUUUUCAGCAGGACAGUUUAGAAUGGCAGUCUGUUUUUUGGCCUGUGCUCUCUCCUCUCUCUCAAAUAGAUCACUGCAUUGCCCUCUAGUGGUCGGGGGUUAAAACAACAGAAAAUAAACACCUGUGAAUCUUUGCAUUGAAACUAUAAAUUAUAAAUGUAAUGGCAUUGAACACAGAUGACAACAAAACAGAGUUUUAAGUUUUAAGACAUGUUUAAUGAUUUAAUAUUUAGGUGACAUUUCAAGAAGGGACAUAUUGGAAAAUAGAGAGAGUGAGAGGGAGCCCAAAAGGCAUAAAAAGCAAUAAACAGAAUAAAAUAUGUGAUUCUUCUUUAAAAUAUGAAAAAUUAAAAUCAUACAUCUUUUCUUUUGGCACAUUUGUUUCUCCGCAGUGACCUGAGAGAUUUCUGGAGGUAUCAAAACAGGAUCAGGAGGUUUAUGAGUUUGAUAAAGUGUGUCGCUGUCCAAUCUGAAGACAGUUUUUUUAUUUUGAAGUGUUAAAGAUCGUAGAGCUCAGUUUGUCACUUUUUUUUUUUCUUUGACUGCCUUGAAGCGCAUGUCAUAGUGUAAGCUGGAAACAGACUCUCACCCUUUCUAUAAUAAUAGGCUGUAUCAUAUUCUUGACCCUAACUUUUUGAUUAAUAUGAUUAUUACUCGUGAUUGUUUCAUUGGUGUUUUUGAACUCAGUAAAAGAAAAACCAUAGUCAUAUGUUAGCGCUAAUGCUGCGUCUCCAUAUUGUUUAAAGGGAUGGAUUUAUAGAAGGACGUAAAAUGACGAAAAUGUUGGUGUUCUUGUUCAUUUUUUAAGUUUGCAUGGAGUAAAUGUCCCCAAACAAUGAUGAAACUCAUUCUCUCAUUAGCUCUGAAUGCAGUAAACAUUAAACUCCUCCGAAAUCUGCCUGAAUGUUUUCUCCUUUCGAGAACGACUUCUUUUGUUAAAUUCAGACUUCGGGAUCAACGACAAAAUAUGCAAAAUUUCUGUCUGAGAUUCCUGCUGUUAAAAGAAAACAAAACACUGAUAACAUUCAUAUGCAUCUUAUUAAUUUAUUUGAAUGUGGAGAAAGCGCAAAAUGUAGCUUUAAAGUUUCAUUUUCAUCUUAUAUUUGCAAGCUACUGGGUUUUAUUGAAGUCAUGUUUCCACCAAAAGAACCCAGAACCUUUAGCCCAAGAAAGUACAGGUUCCUGAAGCCUCUUGUUCUUUGGUUUCCACUGCACUCUAAAAGUUUUGAGUUCCUAUAUAAACUAAAGAAAAGAGGUAAAUGAAAAAAAAAUUAAAAUUUAAAAACUCCACGAGGUUCCACCAAAGUCCAAAAACUCAAGAAAAAGAAAGUUCUGAAAGUACAGGGAAAUUUUUACAGCGUUUUUGAAAUGAGAAAAAAAAAAAUAAUUUCAGUUAUGCAAGAAAAAAAUGUUCUGCAGAUUUUAUCAUAUAUGCAAAACACCAUUAGAUCUGGGUCUGUGCGAAUCAGUUAAACCCUGCUACUAUUAUGGUUCCUGGUACUCUGGGAAUGUUCUUGGAGUGUAAAUUGGACUUUUCAGUUUAUCCUAUUCAAUCUUAGAAUAAAUUAGGCUUGAAUAGGGAACUUUUGAGGGCAAAGAUAACUUUUUAAUUUAGGUAAGGAUUUGUGCGGUGAAAAUCAACCAUGUUACUCUUAAGGUUCCUGGUGUAGCGGUAUGGAUCUUGCAGUGGAAACGUGACUUUUUGAAAAAAACAGGCAUAACCCUGGUCCUCUGAGUUUAGGGAGGAUGAAAUGCAUGUCGGAUACCUCUGAAGGAAACAUGUUUGUCUUUAUAUGAUCUCACUCUUAAAUGUUGAAGCUCUCAGUUUGACUCAUGGGUUCUGUGCUAAAGAUAAUUAGCUUGGCCCAUUAAGGAAACCUUCAGCCCGGGACGUUUGCUUCUCUCUUUAGAGUGUAAAAUAUAAUGGGAGUAAACUCCACGUUUGCCCUCCUCUCAGCAUGUUCUUUUCCUCCUCCUGUUCGUCCUCUUUGUGUUUCCAUGUUUUCGGCUCGGGAGUGUGUGACAGGAGUGUUUUGACCUUUUUUUCUGGUAUCUUAGACGUCGUUCACUAACAUCAGCUCUGUUUUGUAUUAGCUUUGACUUUGGUUCCUUUUUUUGAAGCUUUGGGGAAAAAAAGUGUUGCAGGAAAAAAAAAAGAAAACUGAAAAAAAUAAAAGUAUGUGGUCUCUGUACUGAUGUCAAAGUGAAAUUAAUAAAAACACCUCAAAGGACUCUCCUGACUCUCUGGGUCUCUUCUUUGUGUUUCAACUGAAAUAUUUCCCAGCAUGCAUCCCUGCACUGUGGGAGGGCGGAGGAUUAAAAACCCAUUUAAACUUGUUAAAAGUAAAAUAAGUGGAUUUGAGUGGAGGCUGCUGUCUGUCUGCUGUUUGGGUGGAGAGCAGAUUAAAGUUUCUAAUUUUAGAUCUUAACGUGUUGAGAGUCACAUGCAGACAUUAAAGCCUGAGUUACAUAAUUCAAUAAAAACUUCAUGCAUGUUAAUAUUUAAUUAACUCCUGCUACAGUCUGCACCUUCAGGAAAAAUGAAUAUUUUACCAACAUUUCUCUCUUUGUUUCAUUUCAGCUUAGUUCAAAGUCCGCUUCCAGGCUUUUAGACACAGGCCUGUAUGGAAGGCGAAAAGGGAAGAAAUUAAGACAAAAUUGAGAAGACAUUUCAAGUUUAAGAUUACAACUGAAGGUGAUUAGUCAAAUGUUUCAAAGAGAAAAUUAAGUUUUAUUAUUAGUGUACAAAAUAUAAAAAAGGCUGAACCAAAAUUUAUCUUUUAAUUUAUGUAAAAUCCUCUUUUAUUCUCUUUUUUUAAAAUUUUUUUAAAAAGAGCAUGACGGCAGAACAGGACAAAAAAUGAAUAAUGUGAAGAAAAAAUAUUGAAUUUUGAGAGAUUUGGGUUUAAAUGUGGAGAAAAAUGAACAAAGCUGAAGAUAUUUGGAUGUAUAGAGAGUCUAUAGAGACAUUUUUUUUAACCAAAGAAAGGUGAUUAAAUAUAUUUUCUAUUUCAAGAAUCAUUUUCAGUGAUUCAAAUAAACACAAACUUUAACUUUUUGAUUUCAGAUUCCUGUCUUAAAAUAUUCAUGCACACAUGAACAUCAUGAACAGGUGUUGAAGCUUAAGCCGUGGUCAUGACCGCAGCAGCAAGAGCAUCAGGAGGCAUUUUUACGGUGAGUCUGAUAUUUUUAUUCAAAGAUCAUCAGGAGAAAAAAAAAACACAUCUCACAUGUUCAGGAGCUCAGGUGAGGAAAGGUGAGAGUGACGACAAACACAAAACCUCUGCAGGUAAACACACAAAACACACACACACACACAUAGUAACACACACACUCAUAAACUCUUCACUGUAACUUCAUUUUAAAUAAUUAAGUGCUGUCUGGUCUGUAGGUUUAUUUUUAGACAGAGUGAAUUUAGACUGCUUUUAGCUGAAUUUCAGAGUCACAGGGAAUUUUGUUUCUGUUUUAACAUCUUUAAAAAUAAAAAUUCAUCAGAGACAAUUCUGCAAGCUUUUGGCAGAGUAACAUGAAAACUAGACCAAAAAAACUGAGAGGACAAAAUCCUAAAAAGUGCUAUUUUUCAUUUUCCUGACUGUCUGAUAUCAUGUCUUACUCCUGAAAUUCUUUUUUUUUUUUCCAAUCAAAGGGGCAGAGCCAGAGCCUUUAGAAUGUGAGGGCCAAACUGGGGUGUGCAGCUCUAUAUGGGGGUGUCCUGGUGUGAAAAACAUUAAGAGUUAACCCCAAAGCUGAAGGGUUGUUUCCUUCAGAUAUGUCUGAUUUAUAAAUUCUCAAUUACAGUUUUUCACUUUCAAAAGAAAAUCAACUUCUAAAUCUGCCGAAUUUGACUCUAUAAAGAGAUUUGUCAAAAUUCCUCACCUGGAAAUGCCUCACACUGAACUGCACUACCAGCCUGUUAAAGACCACCCCAACAGUUUAUUUUAACUUAAGUGCCACCUCUGAUAAAGACUCAAAUCUUUGACUUUUACAUUUUCAAUUCGGCUUAUUUUUUAAACUUUCAAAUUAAAGUCACUUUAACGAGUUUUUCUUCUGAAUAAAAACAGAACAUUUUCCUUAUUUUGACUUUUACAGAUUCAUUUGACAAACACCUUUUUCCUUUAAAUUAAGUUUGACUCUUAAAAUAAAAAUCACCUUUUUCUCUAAAUGUCCUCAUUCCAAAAGAUUUAGAAUUGAAGCUUUUUUUUUUUUUACUGCAAAAUUUUUAUUUGUUUUCUCUCAACUUUUUCUUUUUAACAUUUAUUUUGAAAAUAAAAAGUUAAAAUUAACAAAAAGUAUUUCAGGGUCAUUUCUGAUUUUUUUUGUUUUCCUUUUUUUGCAAAGUCAACAUUUUCCUCUCAAAAUCACAGCUUUAACUCAAAAUACGUUGACUUGAUAAUAUGACAAAUUGAAAGUUUUUCAAACACUUUUUGCAUUUUUUUGUCUUUAAGUUAAAGAAAUAAAAAGUUAAAUUAUAGCCUCCUCUGCCAAACUUUAAAUACUUUGAUUUGAUCUAAAUUUGUCCUCCUCAGUCUUUCAGCCCUGUCACUCUGUCGUUUCUAAAGCCUCACCUGUAACCUCAGCUUACAGGUAACCCAUUUCACACGUUACCUGUCAGACCACUGAUGAAAUUCGAUGUAAACACAAUCCCUGAGUUACUUUUUCCAGGUGAAGUCGUGACUUUUUAUGGCAGAUUUUUCUUUUUGACAUCUUUUUAAAUUAAUUUAACUUUUUCUGUCGCUCACACUGCACAGAAAAUGAAAAUAAUGAAGCAGUACCAAAACUGGAGCAAAAGUUUCAAAGUCGAAGAAGAAGAAGAAGAAAGAGAAGAAGAAGAAACACUGUUUUCUUAAAGUAGAAAAACUGAGUUACAAACAAGUUCUGUAGAAAGCAGGUGCAUAAAAGUGCUUUAGAAAGAAAAAAUACUUCCGUUUUCAUAUUUAUUUACAGUCUUUGUGCAGUUUGGAUGAGCAGUGAGGAGGAAACGGACCAGUGAGCGGACAGACGGAGAGAUAACAUAUCUCAGUAAAGAGGAGAAGACGUCUCCAGGACUGUAAACGGACAUAAAUAAACCGGAGAGCAAGGAAACUGCACGCUGCAUUCAUUGUCUUCAGCUUUAACGUCCAGUCUGACACACAGACGGGCGUCUGGGUUCCAACAGUUCAGGGACAAAGUGCUGUGUUUGUCUUCAGACACGUCAGACCUCAACGAAGACUCUGGUUCCUGAGAGCGAAAGACUCGAGCCUGGACACCCCCUCACCUGCAGGUCACAGGUAAACAGCUGCAUGGAAACCACAAACCUGCUGCUGUGGAGAAUAAAAGUCCAGACACUCCAGGAGGACUUGAGGGAAAAAAGUGCAUUAUUUCUGUAAUUUUAUGACUCAAUUCCCCAGAUCUCCGUUAUCUUUCUCUAAUGUGGCCUCAAAAUUUCACUGUGUUUUAAACUCCUGUCCUGAGAGAAGAUUUGACUCAUUAUCUCUUUGUAAAAAGCUGCAGAUCCCUCAUUUGUUUUACUUCAAUAAAUAAAAAACCCAAAUUCUGGCAUUGCUUAGCAGGUAAGAGCUCUCGUUUAGGGCUUGUGUCUGGACUUUUAUUUUGUAGGGCCUGGAGGUUCUAGAGUAAACCCUUCAGAGGGGUUGGAGCAGUGAUUUUCAGUUGGUGUAAACUUGGGUCUCAUUCUUCUGUCCGCUGCUCUGAACAAGUUUGUAAAGCCAGGUGAGACGAGGAUUAAGAGGCAGGUACAGGAAGUUAAAGACCCUGUUUGACAAAAACUUGACCUUCCCUUUGAGGACAGAGUCGGGGGUGUGUGAGGGGCGGUAGAUUGAAGCCCUUUCUAAGUGCCAAAGUGUUGUGAGGGUGCGGGGCCCUGCUCGGCGUGUGCAUGCUCUGGGGUGGCUGGCAGGUCCUCGGGGUGGAUGAAGUGCAGGGCGCUCUGGUUGUAACUCAGCAGGGCCUGCUG